UUUAAAUCUGAGCUUCUCUGAUGCAAAACUGAUCUUUAUAUAUUAGGCUACAGGACAGCAACCUGUCCUAUCUCCAACAUGAGUCAAUCAUACAUUUUCAUUUUGAUGGUCAUCAUUCCUCUAAUUUUCUCACAGUCAGCGAGAGGGAAGGACUGUGUGUGUGAGCUACAAAAUUCUGAUCCUGCUUUCCCUGAGAAUAAACUAAAUAACGUUGAGUUCAAUGCUAUUCAGUGCGCUAGAAACAUCACUUCAGAAAAGAUGAUUGAGAUUGACAGGCUGGUGUUGGGUCUACAACAUCGGAUCCGUCAGCUUCUGGACAAUGUAUCCAUGCUGGAAAAAGAAGACAAUGGAAAUCUGUAUGCAGCCGUGUCUCUACGCAUUAUUGAAUUAGAGUUGGCCGAGAUUCAAGACCUUCUGGACAAACUCAACAGAACCACUAACAAUUACCAGCAGCAAAGUUUACAGACUGCUGCAGAGUUUCACGACAUGACAGAAACGAUGGCGGAGCUGGAGAAGUUUGAUAGCUUGCAGGUGAUUGCAAAAGAGCAUGAGAACAAGAUCAUUAAAAGGGAUCUGGAACGGUGCAAUGAAGAGCUCAACAGUACAUCACCAACCCCUACACUUUCCCCAGGUCCCUGUGGCUUUGGCCGCAUGGUCAAUGUAUCGGGACCUAAAACUUAUUCCCUUACAGAAUAUGGAACGUCCUACCCUUAUGGUGCUUGGGGUCGAGAUGCAAAUCCUGCUCCAGGAAACGAGAACAAGUACUGGCUGGUGGUGCUGACAAGUAGUAAUGUAUACGGCAACUUUAUCCGCCAGUACAAUAGUUUAAGUACUAUUAUAUUAGGUAUAGAACCAACAGAUACAUACAUAUCAAGCUCCAAUCCCACAACAAACACAAUUCAGGGGUCAAACAUGGUCAUGUACGCCAAUGCUCUCUACUAUAACUGUUACGACACAUAUUCCGUUUGUCAGUUCAACUUGACAACUCAAUCUGUCAGUACUGUGGAUUUACCUAGUGAUACAGGUUACGAUGACAAGUUUCCAUUCAGACACCUCGAUACAACAUACAGCUAUACUGAUAUGGAUUUUGCCACAGAUGAAUCAGGCGUCUAUGUUAUAUAUGCAACCACAAGCAACUUUGGAAAUGUGGUUAUCAGUAAAAUCGAGACUAGUAACCCACCAGUUUUGGGUCAAACAUGGUCCACUUCUCUUCACAAAGCGACUGCCACAAACACAUUCAUGGUGUGCGGUGUGCUUUUUGCUACUCGUUACCUGGAUAAGAAAACAGAACAGAUCUUUUACUCUUAUGACACCAAAACAAACAUAGAGCGCUAUGAUUUGAAAUUGAAUAUCACGAAGAGACAGACUAAUAUUGAGUUUCUUAACUAUGACCCCAGAGAUCAUUUACUGUAUGUUUACAGUGAUGCCUACAUUGUAACUUAUGAGCUUGUCUUUCAGUAAGUCUCCAGUGAACCACAUCCGAUUUGCUGUAUCCAAUUUCACAUACUGUCUGCACUAAAUAGUAUGCAAUAUUAGAAUUGCUGCAUCGCAAAUGAUUUUAUGUUGAAAAAGGUAUCCCAAAGGUAUACAUACAGUAGAUAGUAGAUUUUCAAAGUGUGCAAGGUUUUUAAACAUAUACCAGGUAACGAACCCAAAAUUAUAUAUAUAUAUAUAUAUAUAUAUAUAUAUAUAUAUAUAUAUAUAUAUAUAUAUAUAUAUACAUAUAUAUAUAUAUAUAUAUAUAUACACAUAUACACAUAUACAUAUAUUAAAAAAAAUGAAUUAAGCUAGAUUUAAUUAUGUUAACCCAAAGUUAACUUUAUGGUUUUUAGACAUGAAAAACAUGAUUUUAGACAUGCUUACAUGCAAACACAAACAAGGGAUAUGUGGUAUCAGAACAGUUAUACUGUAUUAUGUCCAAUUGCUAGUUUCCUAUCUUUAAAUAUUUUCAAAUUCAGUAUUUACAAUAUUUACCAUCACCAGUUUAGUAUGUUAAUUUACUGUAAAUAAAUAUGAUUUUACAUGUUUUGAAUGCCAAAACUGGUUGUUUUGUGGAGGAAAAUCAUGUGUUUAUUAUAUGUAAUACACAUUUUGGUUAAUGAAAUAAAAUCUGAAUGAAAUGAAA